UAUCUUUGCUAAUAUCUUUGGUACUAUAUCUUUGGCCACGGUGUCAAUUGACGUUUAGCUUUUUAAUAGAGAAGGCUGUGAAAUAUAUACCAAUAUUGACGUUUUGUACUUGUGUUAACCCGGCUUCAGAGUGAGGUUAGGUCUAUCGAUUUUGGAGCCACGUCAUAUAAUUCGUUAAAAUGGUUGCAAUCGAGUCUAUGACGAGAUACGUCUCUCCAAUAAAUCCAGCAAUAUUUCCAAUCCUGGCAUUGGUGUUGUUAGGAAUCGGAAUUUUUUUCACUGCAUGGUUCUUUGUAUACGAAGUGACUAGUACGAAAUUCACGAGGGAUAUUUUCAAAGAACUUCUCGUUUCAUUAGUGGCUGCCAUAUUCUCCGGUUUCGGAGUUCUGUUCCUUCUCUUAUGGGUCGGCAUUUAUGUAUAGUUUCAGUUUAACGAAUUAAAUGUGAAGAACUUCUAGACCCGCAAAACAAUUUUUAAUUUUUAAGGAACCAGUGUGCAGGCAGAGGUCAUGAGAAAAGAUGUAAUUCCUGCAUGCAUUGUAUGUUAUUUGCACGUUUUUUAUAAUAAAGAUUAUGAUUCAAUACGAAUAUAUAUUUGCAUAUUGUAAUUACUUUAUUGCUAAUAAAUGGGUGAUAAUUUUAAAAA